CACACUCACUGUCACCUUACAUAUCUGCCCUUAUCUCCGUCUCUCCCCUAUCUUUCUUUCCCUGUCAAUCUCUCUCUCCUCAACAUCUGGAAUUACCACAUUGACACCUUAAGAGUUAACAAAAAACAAAAAGCCAUCAAAUUCAUCAAACUAUGAACCAAAUGAUCACAUUUUAAAUGUGUCAAACCCUUUGCAGUCAUGCUUUUGUUUCCACAUUCCUAACAAUUUCGAAAAUUCAAAUUGUCAGCAAUGUUCAACUCUGCUCUAAAUUCAAGUUGUGCUAUUUUAGUGUUGUUGAAGUGUCACCGUUGGCGAGGUGCGUGCAGCUGUACGAGGCUCCGUCUGGCCAGCGGUUUCCUCUGAUGUCCGCGUACUUGUACAGCAUGAGCUGAGAAAGAGGGUUCACCUCCACUUUAAGCCUUACACGUUGUGGAUGUGUUGCCAUGUUUCAGUUCAAGCUGAGAAAGGAGGUUCACCUCUGAUAUAUUUCUUACACGUUGUGGAUGUGUUUCCAGGUUUCAAUUCGAGCUGAAAAAGGGGGUUCACCUUCACUUAACACUCACACGUUGUGGAUGUUUUUCAAGUUUCGAUUCGAGCUUAGAAAUUGGUUUCACAAAUCCACAUUAAUUCUUACACGUUGUGGAUCUGUUGCCAUGUUUCAGGUCAACUGUGUGACGUUCCCGCUGCCGGGGGAGGGGCCCGAGCAGCAGCUGCUGAAGCCCAACGACUGGAGCUACUGCGACUACUUCUGGGCCGACAAGAAGGACCCCCAGGGUGGCGCGUGCAUGCCGGGCUUCGAGAUCCUGCUGCAGAAGCAGCUGAAGGGCAAGCAGAUGCAGAAGGAGAUGUCCGAGUUCGUCCACGAAAGGAUAAAGAUCGAAGAGGAGUAUGCCAAGAACCUCUCCAAACUCUCCCUGAGUCCCCUGGCUGCCCAGGAGGAAGGAACCGUGGGUGAAGCCUGGAUCCAGCUGAAGAAGAGUCUCCACGACGAAGCCGAGGUGCACCUGAAGUUCUCCAACAAGCUCCACAGCGAGGUGGAGAAGCCCAUGCUGACCUUCAGGAGCGACCACUUCAAGAAGGACCUGAAGAAGUACGACCACCACAUCGCCGAUCUGAGGAAGCAGCUGGCCAGCCGCUACGCCGGGGUGGAGAAGGCCCGUAAGGCCCUGGCUGACAGGCAGAAGGACCUGGAGGUGAAGACCCAGCAGCUGGAGGUCAAGCUGAGCAACAAGACAGAGGAGGACAUCAAGAAGGCCCGAAGGAAGUCAACACAGGCUGGUGAUGACCUGAUGCGCAGCCUGGAUCUUUACAACCAGACCCAGUCCAAGUGGUUUGAGGAGAUGGUCACCACUAGUAUGGAGCUGGAGAAGCUGGAGAUUGACCGCAUCGAGUGGAUCCAACAGCACCUACGUCAGUACACGACGUUACGCCACGAGACAGACAUGUUCAACCAAAGCACGAUAGAGAACGUGGACCAGCUGCUGCAGGCGGUGGACCCAGCAAAGGACCGAGACCUGUGGGUCAAAGAGCACAAGACAGGGGACGUCCGCCCCAUCGACCUGGAUAUAUAGCUGUCACCCCCGGCAACAGGCGUUACACCCUGCAAGUCAUCCCCGCUGUUCACAGACAUUACACAUGGAAACAGUCGGUUACCCCCGGCAACCGUCGUUACACAGGACAACAGUCGCUUCACGCGACAGUCACCACACCUGCUGACCUUCAUCACACACUGGGGUUUGUAUAACCCUGGCAACAAUCGUUUACAAUGACCAACUGUGGUAAAACCUGGCAACAGUCGUUUAUCAUGGCAACAAUCUUUAAACAUUGUAAGAACCGUCUAAAAUCACAACCCUAUAUACCUGGUCGUUAGUCGUCUAACAUGGCAACACUCCUUUUGACAACAGUCGUUUACCCCGGCAACAGACGUUUAAAACAUUCAACAGCAACACCUCGACUGCAAGGUCACCUGUGUGACCCGGGGACAAUGAACACCUGUUACUGUAUUUCUACCACCGUGGAAAUCUACUGGAACAACCUCUAAAAUACCAGCAUGUUCUAUGGAGAUGUAACAGUAUUGUCUGCAUUAUCUUGUUGAAUGCCCCUUAAAAUGUCUUGUCUUCUGCGUGUUGUAAGUGGAAACUGUUAAGGUAAAAGAGAUUGGUGUAUUUUAAAUAGUUUUAAGUUUAGUUUAGUGAUAAGACACUUUGUGAAAACUAAACCUUCCAAUAAGACAAAUCAAACAAUAAAUUAAGACAAUGGUAUUGCAUUUAUUUUAGAUAACGAAAAUAAGAAAUAUAUUAGAACCGAUAUUACGUAUAUAUUUAUAUUUUAAUAUUUUACCUGUUGGUUUUUUGGUGGAUAAUGCAUGUUUGCAAUCCCUCGCUGUUAUUUUAAACGGAGAACUGGGACAUUUGUGGGCCGGCCAUGUUUCCAUUGUAACUUAGGUAACAGUGAAACAGAUAUACAGCGAUUUGGAGAUAUAGCAUGGUGCACUGGAACAACAGCUCCACCCCUAGGCUCACAGACAUCUGCUAAUGUAUACUGUGUGAUAUAAGACACCUCGGGAUGCACCCUUAACUAAAUGUACCUUUUUGAGUGUUGAUGUCCAGUGGAUGGAUUUGAUGUGCACAAAAGAUGACCCAUGUUACAACAAACACCUCUUAGUGCCUGAUGGGUGUCUGCCUGGAAUGUCUUAGAUAGUCUCUCCUCUGCUGUACAUUUGUACAGACACAGCCUACAUGUAUUCUACUGUCCCACCAACAGUGUCCCAGGACAGGCUAGGGUGUCCUAGGUGCUUGUAAACGGCGGCUGGUUUUAGUCUUGCUAAGUCUUGCUAGCAGCAGCCAACGGGAGGUAAUGGAGCCAUUUCAAACUGGAAUAUCUGUGUGGUGCACCUGGCAGUGGAGUCUUUGUACAGCUACAGCUUACAAGCUAGGUUGGGCAUUUGGGUAUCGAACCCAGCUGAAGUGUCCCACCCCAAACCGUUAGUGUUUGAUUAUGGCUGACUGAUCCAUUCAUUAAUACCGCGCUUACUCUGUAGGAGCUAACCAUUGAUUUCAAACAAGAUUGCAUGAACUGAACUGUGUGUGUGUGUGUGUGUGUGUGUGUACAUACAUGUUGUUUCCAUGUUUGACUUUGUCGCUACCCUCUGUUGUCGUGAAAAUGUUUCCAAUACUGUGUUUAAGGCAUGGACGUAACAACCGGUGACCUUCCUUUUGAGUUCUACUUACUUUUCGAUGAUCACCCAACAUGAUAGAUCUCGCCUCGUAGUCCUGAUUCAUCCAAUCGAAUAAGUGACAUUCCUCAUUUGCAUCACCCUGUCUUCUGUGGAAAAUGUCCAGAGGUAAUUUUAACCGACGAUAGCUGAACGCUAAGUUGUUGUUCUUUUUGCAGUUGUUUGAUGCCCCCCCCGUAAGUUCUUCAGAUGGAUAAAACGUUGUACAAGUGUGUGUGUAUGUGUUUUAGUCAACAUCCCGUUCACUGAAUGUUGCUCUUCAGUGCCAGAAAGGACUGCUCAGGCAGAGUAAAGCGUUCUGCCUUUCGUGACCCGUGUUCAGUUUUGUGCAUCAUGUCAAACAUUUUUCAUAUUGGUAAGCAAUGUCCACAUGGUGUUCUGUGCUAAUCAGUGUCUGGAAUAAAUAUCUUCCUUGAAAACAAAGAAACUAAA